CCUCGCAGGACGAAACCGCGCUGCCAGCUGCAGUGCUGACGGGAAAAGCGAGAAAACAACGAGGCGAAGGGGAACUCAAAAGGUGAUUUUGUCCAAAACAGAGCGAGAGGACCACGAGAAAGGCCGAGAAGUCACGACGAGGACUUGAGAGACUUGCACAAACAGUUCUCCUCCUGCUCCUUGAGUCACAUUAUUUGCUGCGAGAGAGAGAAAAAGAGACAAGGAAACGCCGCCCGAGGAAACAUGAGCUUUCUGUUCGGAAGUCGCUCGUCCAAGACGUUCAAGCCCAAGAAAAACAUCCCAGAGGGCUCGCACCAGUACGAGCUGUUGAAACAUGCCGAGGCCACGCUGGGGAGCGGCAACCUGCGCAUGGCCGUCAUGUUGCCCGAGGGCGAGGACCUCAACGAGUGGGUUGCGGUCAACACCGUGGACUUCUUCAACCAGAUCAACAUGCUGUACGGAACCAUCACGGACUUCUGCACGGAGGAGAGUUGUCCCGUCAUGUCUGCCGGUCCAAAGUACGAGUAUCACUGGGCAGACGGCACCAACAUUAAGAAGCCCAUCAAGUGCUCCGCCCCCAAGUACAUCGAUUACUUGAUGACCUGGGUGCAAGACCAGCUGGACGACGAGACGCUUUUCCCCUCCAAGAUCGGCGUCCCGUUCAAGCGGAACUUCAUGUCGGUGGCCAAGACCAUCCUGAAGCGUCUGUUCCGCGUCUACGCGCACAUCUACCACCAGCACUUUGACUCUGUCAUGCAGCUGCAGGAGGAGGCCCACCUCAACACGUCCUUCAAGCACUUCAUCUUCUUUGUGCAGGAGUUCAACUUGAUCGACAGGAAAGAGUUGGCGCCGCUUCAGGAGCUGAUCGAGAAGCUGACCACUAAGGACAGAUAGACGCCAUCGUGCUUUUUUUCUUUUCAGCGAUCUUCUACUUUUUGCACAGAAAUACCCUCUCCCCCCGCCCCUCCCCUCAACGCCCUCGACUCUUCCUCGGCCGUUCGUAUGCAGUAUCGACUAUAUUUCCAUUUGGGGAAAUGUUUUUAAAAGAGGCCCGGGAUGCCGGAAGGGGUCCCGAUGGGUUUUAAACGCACUGGGACUCGAGCUUAUCAGGAGAGUGGGGUCAAGGUGCAACACUCCUCGCGCCGCCGUGUACCGACUAGCUUCGUGUGACACUUGUUGGCUUACGCUGUACAAAAAUAGUGCCGAGACGUCAUCCUGGAAGCCAUUCCGAGAGCAGAAAUUAUUCCAGUUUCCCCCCCCCACCCGCGAGUAGUAAAAGCAUCCCAAGUGCCUGGCCCGGCCGGCAUCUGCGGCGAGAACUGUACCAAGGUCAUGUUUGACCUCGAUCGUCACGCCAAAUCAUCGCCGG